AUGAAGUUAUCCAGUGUUUCCGACUCAGGGAAAACGAACGGCGAAGCAGCGAUCCCCUCCAGACCGGUCAAACCGGUCGCCCAACCCGGUGUAUCUUCCGGCGAUGUCAAUCCGAUCCCCUCCGGUCUGGUCAAACCCGUCGUUCAAACCGGUGUCUCUUCUGGCGAUGUCAUUCCGAUGAAGUCAAAAGACGUAACGGCGGAAGCGAAUAGUUUGAUCAAACCAAACGGCAAAACUGGUGCCUCUUCCGGUCUAAAACUCGGUGUUAGGGGCAGAACCUCUGUCUCAUCCGUCGAUAAAGGCAAAGCUAUCGUCUCUGAGAACGUAGGGAAGGUUAUUUCCUUUAAAGACGUCACUUUCGGGCCCCAUGAAGAUGAGGUGCGGUUCCGGUUGAUCCACUUUUGGGAGGCUUGGAAUGUUCAGACGAAGGUGCUUAUCAGCAUCGAAAUGCUUCUCAUCGACGAAGAGGAGAGUGUUAUCCAGGGCUUCAUCCCCUACGGAAGGAUUGAGACCUAUUUGCGUCACAUGAAAACUGGUGCUACUUACCGACUCAACAAGUUUUUCGGAUCAAAGAGCAAGCCUAUCUACCGGGUAGCUGAGUCAAGUGUCACUAUUAGCUUCUCAUGGAACUCUGUCCUCUCUGGUCUCGAGGACAGUUUGAUCAGCUUUCCUGUAGAUCGGUUCCGGAUCCAUGGACAGAGAAUUUGAAGCUGGCUCCGACUUGAGAGGUGAUCUUUAUGGUAAGUUCUCACCUCAUUACACUCUCCACUGUUUGAAUUGGUAUUAGAUUACUCUAAACUUAGAUAGUAUGAUACCAUCUGAUUAUAUAUUUUAUUCGUUCUGUGGUGUUUGCGUAUGAUAAUGUUUUCAUAUAGACUCAUAGAUUUAGGUUUUAUUUCCGGUUUGGUAAGAUAAAAAUAUUGAGUUUUAUUAUCUUCUCUUGCAGAUUAUAUUGGCCACAUCAAACUUGUGAAUGGGAAGGUUCUCGGUGACGGUCUUUUGCAUGAUGAUUCAGAGAUAGCUGCAUCUCGCCGAGUUGAGCUUCACGUUCAAACCCAUGAGUAAGUUAUUCUAUAUGUUCCUUCAAAUUCACAUAUGGUUUAUUUACCACAUGUGUUUGUGUUGUUACAGUGAUCCCGUGCUGAAGUUGUACCUCUGGGACAAGGUUGCCUUUGAGUUCUGUAAAAAGUUUAAAGCAUCUGGUGGCACUGCACGCGUUAUCUUGGUCACCACCUUAAACCUGAAACGGUUUGGAGGUUUGUAUUGCUAACUUCCAUUGCUGUUUUAAGAUGUUAACUAUGGUCGGAUCAUAUCUGAAAUUAUUUUUUGUUAUAGGCGUCCUAUCUCUAUCUUCUAUGGCGUCUUCGCGGGUAUUUCUGGAUGGUGAUGUCCAAGAAACGCUGUUGUACCUCAGUUGGUAAUGUUUAAGUUUCAUGUGUUGGAAUGUCACUUAUAUUACUCCGCCAUUGAACGUCUUGUUUACAUUAUCUCCAGGUUGGACUCGAACUUAGAUGUUGCCAGCAGAGUUAACGCAGAGGUGGUCACCAAGCCUGAGAUAGCGACACUGGGUGACCUCUUCUCUUAUAUGAAUCAUGCAUCCGCUACGGUAUUAUAUUCUCAAUAUCUGAUACAUCCAA